UCUUUUAUUCCUUUGAUGAUCUUAUCUUUAUUCACAAACUCAUCAAAAAGUUUGUUAGCCACAUCUAGCAUGAAUGUUGUAGCAAACUCGCCAUCAGUGAAUGGCUUUCCGUUCCUCAACUAUUGCUAAAGAAGUUGCUGCUGCUGACCUACUAGCCUGGACUCUGGUUAGUAGGACUCUCGGCAGGCCUUUUCACUGCUGCCCCCCACUGGUUAUUUUGAUGAUAUUUGAGUGGUUAGGGUUAUCGAUCAUUGUAUACUUGACACACUGCAGUACCUGCUGUCUCCACAUGGUGCUGAAGUGUAGGGUACUCCUCGUCUUUUUUUCUUCACGGGGUCAAAAAUCAGCUGACUGACUGAUGAUGGCGGGAAGUUUAGUUCAUUACCUCAAUGGUGCGUGUAGGCUAGGUGUCGGACCUUCCUGUACCCCGAAGGACAGAUGUGAUUGGCUGCUGUGAAGGACAGAUGUGAUUGGCUGCUGUGAAGGACAGAUGUGUGGAUUUUCCGUCUGUGGAUUUUCCGUCUGUGGAUUUUCCGUCUGUGGAUUUUUUGUCUGUGGAUUUUUUGUCCUGUUUUUUUCAGUCACUGUUUAAUCAGUACCACAGUUUGAAACAGUUCCAGGACAUAACACAGAUCCAAGUGGCUGAGAUGAAGGAGGAGGAGGAGGAGGAGGAGGAGGAGGAGGAGGAGGAGGAGGAAACCAGUCAGCUGAGAAGCUUCCAGACCCCGGGUCUAAAUACCCCUGCUGUUUUUACCCUCCGUCCAACUGAGCGCACAGGAAGCUGGAGAGAAGAUGAAACCAUCGUCUGAACUUUCAACCACAAAAAUGUCUCGGUUUUUUUUUUUGACUUUUCAUGCAGUUCUGUUUUGUUCAGUUCUACCAGGUGUUCCUUUGAUCACAGCUGAGCGGCUGAACACCUCAUCCAUCACAGAGUUAAUCCUCUCAUCGUUUGAUCAAAGUCUUCGUUUGAUCAAUGAAUCCAGGCUUCAGUCCAGACGACGACGGAGCUCGUCCUCGUCCUCGUCCUCCACCUCCUUCAGGUUCUUCCGUCCCUCUGAUCCUGAGACCCUGGGGAUUUCUCGAGCCGCGGAGGUUUUUCAAACGACUGUGCGAGUCCUGAGUCAGAGAGUCAGAGCUGCAGACUUGUUGUCCUGGAAGGACGUGGAGCUGAUUGGACGGCUGUCUCAGUGUCCCGCCUCCCACACAGCCCCGUGUCCUGUCACCUCAAAGUACCGUUCCAUAUCUGGGCUCUGCAACAACAGAGAAAACCCUCUGUGGGGAGCAGCCCACACCCCCCUGGUCAGAUGGCUUCCUGCAGAAUAUGAAGAUGAUCAGGAAGAACCCAAGGGCUGGAACACAGGACGGCUGUAUAACGGACAUCCACUGCCCCUGCCGUGGGACGUCAGCAGUAAAAUAAUGAGGGGCUGGUCCAGCGGUGAAGACGACGUCUAUUCUCUCCUGUUGGUGGAGUGGGGUCAGUACCUGGACCAUGACGUCACCUUCACCCCUCAGAGCACUGAUGCUGCUGCUGCUGCUGCUGCUGCUGCUGCUGCUGUGGAUUGUCUCAACACCUGUGAGAAUGUGCAGCCAUGUUUCCCCAUCAAGGUAGACACAACAAACUUGUCUGUUCCAGGGUCUUUCUUCACUCGUGAAUCAGUUCCUCUGUGUCUUUGGACUCUGGUCCAAAUGUCCUCUGGUCUUCAGGGCGUAGAAUCACAGAACUGUUCAAACAGUCCUGGUCCAAAUGUCCUCAGGACAGUUCCAGUGACAGCAACAGUGUCAGUGGUGGUUCCACAAUGCGUUCAUGGUGUCAUUUCUCCACAGAUGAAUGAUUUUCACCCACAAACCCAGGACUGCUUGCCCUUUUACCGCUCCACCCCAGCCUGCCCGGUCAGUGUCGGGGCAGAGCUCACAGCAGUGUUUCAGAGACAGCAGAUGAACGCCAUCACGUCCUUCAUCGAUGCGUCGCUCAUCUACGGUCACACUCCCGAGCUGCAGAGCUCCCUCCGUGACCUCCGUGGCUUUAAUGGGAAGCUAGCUGUCAACCAGCAGUUCAAGGAUCCAAAAGAAAGAGCCUACCUUCCUUCUGUGGCCCGUCUACCGUCAACAUGUCGCCAGGGUGGGCAGGUGGAGAGAGUGGAGUGCUUCAACGCUGGAGACAGCCGGGCCAACGAGGGUCUGCCCCUGAUGGCCCUACAUACUUUGUGGCUUCGGGAACACAAUCGAAUCACAGAGACGUUGAAAGUGAUGAACGAUCACUGGAGCCCGGAAAUGUUGUAUCAAGAAACUCGCAAGAUCGUUGGAGCUUUGCACCAGAUAAUAACCUUCAGAGAUUACCUUCCAAAGAUCAUCGGCCCCGAGUCUUUUGAACAUUUCGUUGGACAGUAUAAAGGAUACGAUCCAACCACAGACCCCUCUGCCUCCAAUGUUUUUGCCACUGCUGCCUUCAGGUUUGGCCACGCCACCAUCCCCCCCAUCCUCAGGAGACUGAACGAAAGCUUCCAGCCACACGAGCGUUUCUCCCAGCUGAGACUGCACGAUACUUUCUUUAGUCCCUGGAGGUUAGUCAAAGAAGGUGGUGUGGAGCCGGUUCUCAGAGGUGUGGUUGGAAGUGCUGCCCCACUGGUUAACCCCAACAUGCUGCUGGUGGAGGAGGUGACAGAGAGGCUGCUGGUCCCCAACGUCCCUCAGCACCUGGACCUGGCUUCACUGAACCUACAGAGAGGACGAGAUCAUGGUCUUCCAGGAUACAACCACUGGAGGGCGUUCUGUGGGCUGCAGCCUGUUGUCACUCUGUCUGAUCUGACGGCGGUCGUGGGAGACCACGGGGUCGCUGAGAAGAUACAAACACUUUAUGGACACUUGGACAACGUGGACGUUUGGCUGGGAGGACUGGUGGAGAAACCUCUGCCCAGAUCAAGGACUGGUCCUCUGUUCGCCUGUCUGAUUGGACGGCAGAUGAAAGCGCUCCGUGAUGGCGACAGAUUUUGGUGGGAGGCUGAUGGUGUUUUCUCCCAGCAACAGAGGAGUCAACUUUAUAAAGUGUCUCUGUCUGGAAUCAUGUGUGACAACUCCGACACCGGGGAGUUGCCCCGCGAUCCUUUCAGAUUUAACAAAUACCCUUCAGAAUACGUUCCCUGUGCUGAAAUACCAUCCAUGAAUCUGGACGCUUGGAGAGAAGACAAGAGCAGAGACUUGGAGAGCUGCGGUUCUCCACCACAGAUAGAGAACGGAGACUUCAUCUUGUCCUCUUCAUCUGGGAGACUGACAGCUCUGUACCACUGUCACCAUGGUUACCACUUAACAGGCAACGCAGCAGCAGCAGUUUGUGAGGACAGUCAGUGGACUGAUGAGCGCCCUCUAUGUAAAAGUAUGUCCACUGGUCUUGACCAUUUUCUCUGAUCCUCGGAGCUCGUGGUGACGUCACGCGGCCUCAGUGAAGCAGAUCACUGGUCCUAACCCUAACACCAGGCGAUGAUGACGCUCUGCUCUCACUAACGCUCUACAGUCAAAGACCCACCGUGAAAAGGGAAAAUCCAUGAAGUCGAGGCGAGACAGUUAUUCUAUUAUUGACGUAUAUCUUUACCCUUUGUGAAGCCCCCCCCCCCCAACUGUUAUCACCCCUCCCUGGACUGUAUCACCCCCCCCCCACAGCACAGAUUUUUCUUUUUGACAAAAACUUGACUGAUUUUAAAAUGUCCAGAUGAACACAGAUUAUACAGUGAGGGUGGUUUUAAUCUGAGUGGAUUAUGAUGAAAUGGUGGGUUAGGAAAUAUUAAUCCACUGAGGAAAAAAAUAGAAAAGAAUUCAGUGGGUAGUGAAAUCAAAUACUACUGUACUAAUGAAGUAGCAAUGAAGUACGUAGUAUGUCCUACAAAUAUUUGUUGACUGUUACUGUACUGUAGUGUACUCUGUGUUUUACCUCAGUUCCCAUCUGACGCUUUCUUGAAUAUUUCUGUUAAUAUAUAAUAUAUACUGUCAUACACAAGAAAAUACAAAAAACAUUACAACGUGUAUUUUUGUGUAGUACUUGACGUAGUAUCUCCUGACGUUCUUUAUACUCAUUGUGCACUUUCCUGAUCACACAACAUAGAAAUGUACAAGACUCUGACAAAUGAAAAAUAAACCGAAUCAAAUGUU